AUGGUCUCUUGGCGGUUAGUCUCUGCCAGUGUGCUCGCAGCGGGAUCCACGCUUGUGGCCGCAGCACCUGCCCAGGCUGUGCUUGAACUGAGCGGCGUCGAGCGAUUGCCAACGCCAGCGACAGUUCAGACGUCCAAUGCGACACUCGCGGCUGCCGAUCGGGACGAGUCAAACAUCCGGGUAUUGACCUUCAACUGCUGGGGUCUUCGCUUUGUUUCUCAGCACCGACUGGCUCGAGUCACAGCGAUAGCAGACCGCAUCCUGAAUGCGUCUCCAGCGUAUGACGUUGUAGCGCUCCAAGAGCUCUGGCUCAAGUCGGACCAUGCCCUCGUCGCAGAGGCCGUAGCCCCGGUCCUCCCGUACAGCACAGUCUUCUAUUCGGGCGCAUUCGGCUCUGGCCUAAGUUUGUUCUCGCGAUACCCGAUCGAGCAAGCACAGAUGCACCCGUUUGCGUUAGCCGGAGACCCCAUCGAUGUCCUAGGCGGUGAUUGGUUCGUCGGCAAGGGUGUUGCCGCCGCUACGCUUGCCCACCCCGUCCUUGGCCACGUCGAACUCCUCACCUCGCACAUGUUUGCCCGCGGAGGCGAGACAGGCACCGUCCUUCAACAGGCACACAGGCUUAUCGGCGCUUGGGAGUAUUCUCAAUUGAUCAGGCGGGCCGCUGAACUCGGUCGUUAUGUGAUCGUCGCUGGGGACUUCAACGCCGUAGACGGGAGUGCGCCCCUGGAGUUUAUCCGUGCGCACGCCAAAGUUCAAGACGCCUGGUGGGAAACACACAAUCUCACAUCCCCCGCCGUGCCCAUCGUGUUUCCUAUUCCAAAAGAAGGCGCUGCGACAUCGGCCCUGGCUGCCAUUCACCAACAUGGCGUUACCGCUGAUUCUCCGUUGAAUUCCUGGUCGGCCGGAAAACCCCUCGACGCUACGGCCCGUCGACACCUCGGAAAACGACUCGACUAUGUUCUUUAUCGCGGCCCAGACGCUCGUGCCGAGUUUGAGCUCGUUGCAAGCGAAGCCAAGGUCGUCAUGACCGAGCGCAUGGCUGACUUGGGUGUCUCCCUCUCGGACCACUUUGGAGUCGAGGUCGUGCUUGGAAUCACACCAGCCGGAGUCAGCACCCAGCCGGAACGACCCGAGUUUUCAGAGACCAAAGUCGAGGCUAAUGCGACGGAAAUCCUGCCUCCUUUGCCUAUCCCCCCGCCUGUUGCACGCACCCGCGCCCUCGUUCUUCACGAUACGUUGCAUGUUCUUCACGCUGCGAUCCCUGCUUCGUAUGCUGCUAGCACGGCGUACCUAACCACGGGUAUAGCCUGUGCAUUCUCACUCGUCGCCUUGGCUGUUGCAGCCGGCGCUGUCGGAUGGGGUCCAAACGCCAAACGGCACCGCCCCCGAGUCGAACGAUCAAACACAGACAACACGAGCCCCGUACGAGCCGAGCGCAAACGGACAAGAGCGUAUACGACUCCUUCCCCAACCCAUCCUACCGACCCACAAUCUCCUCAAACUCCCUUAUCUUCCCCGCCUCCAUCUUCACCUCCACCCGCACUCCGACUUCCAUUCCUUCCCUCGUCGUCCUCUUCCACCAAGUCCCGCCCGAUCCAGGCUCCCUGGUGGCUCGGUAUUGUUCUCGUUCUCGCUGGAGGCCUGUUGGCUGCUGCUGGCACGACCCUGCUCUACGCCGGUGUGCUCUUUGGAAGAUGGGAGCGAAAUGCGAUUUGGGAUGUGAUUGAUCAGAUGGAGAGGUUGAGCUCCAGGGGCGGGAUUGGGCAGUAG